AUGAAAUGCCACAGCUUCAGUUCUGACUCCUUCCUCUCCUUCGGCAGUGAAUUCGGGAAAAGACCAAUCAAUCUAUUCGAUUUCCCAUCAAGCGGUCACCCGCUGAACGUUCUACUUCCUAUAUCUAUUAUAGUAGAGUUAGCCCGUCUUUGCCGACAGGUGAUUCGGCAAGCGAUGAGGCCCAUCUUAAAGGGGUGGGUCACUCUCCUUUCUUUAAAGGGAUGGAUUUCAUUCACACGGCCAGAAAGCGGUAUGCUUGCGAAGACCCUUUCUUUAAAGGUGUCCCUGCUGCACUCUAAGGAUGGCAUAUGA